UUCACGUGCGUUUACGAGGACUGCUAACCGGCCCGAUUUGGUGCUAUGUGAAUUCGCGCGGGUGUCAGUUUUGGAAUGUGCGAGUGGCGCUCUCGAUUUUUUCGCUAGGGCAUCAAAAAAUGCAAGACGUUGCCGCCGGCUCGCCACAAGGUUCUAACGGCGAAAUGUCUCCCUACCUAGGAUCGAAGUACCCUAGUCCGGCGGUCUCUAGAUCUCCCAGUCCAUGCCGGGCAAUUUCAGAGGACGAAAUUAGUGUGGGGUGUCCUAGUCCGGCGUUAAGGAGAUCGUUCAGUCCAGAGUACGACGAAUCUGACGACUAUUUCGGACCUUUAAAACGGUUAAAAAUGAUUCCGGAACGACGUAUCUCUCCAACGGCUGAGGAGCGCGUGGAAGGUGUGAAAAGCUUCUCGAUUACGGAUAUUUUGAACCAUAAACCAUCCAGGUCUGUGACGGGGGGACGUAUAGUGCGGCCGUGGGACUUGGAUCCAGCCGAAGCCGAAGCUCAUCAGCGACGGUUGGAAAAUCUUCAUCGACAGUUAAAGGUUCAGCAGCAGUUGGCUUUGUUGAGGCCAGAUCUGGUGGCUUUUGGAGCUAGUUACACCUCAGAAACGGGUAGCGAUCGGUCGUCUAGCGUGGCCAGCGAUUGCUGUUCUCCCGAUGUGAUUAGUUCGUCGCAGCAACGGCAGAAGCAGCAACAGCAAGCUGGAGGGCCCGGAGCUACUCCGUUGGACGCGCUGUUCCAGAUGACGUCAAAAACCUUUGAUUCGUCAGCCGGAGAAUCAAGUGCAGAUGGCCAAAACAUGAGCAUGUUCAAUUCCCGACAGCAACCGAAAAAGAAACGAAAAUCACGCACCGCUUUCACCAACCACCAAAUUUUCGAACUGGAAAAGCGGUUCCUCUACCAGAAGUACCUCAGUCCGGCCGAUCGUGACGAAAUAGCCCAGAGUUUAGGUCUAACUAACGCCCAGGUCAUCACGUGGUUCCAGAACCGACGGGCCAAGUUAAAGCGGGACAUGGAAGAACUGAAGAAAGACGUGGAAAGCGCCAAAAUCUUAUCCGCCCACAAGAGUUUCCUGGAAAACGUCCAGGAUUUGGGCAUUCUCAAGAAGAAAGCAAUUGUUAGUGAUGAGGACUGUCCAAAGAACUUGGUCAUUAGUGAUAAAUGAACGCGAGUGAAACAUCUUCAAAGAACAUAGAAGAACGUUUAAAUUUUUCAAGUUCCUUAAAACUCUAUAUACUCUCUUUUCCAAUGGAGAAGGACAUUAUAGUGAUUUAUAUUUUGUUGUUAUAAUGAAUGUAAAGAUUUUCAGUAUUAGCUAAUCGAGGAGAUUCUAAAUUAUAGUGGGAAAUAUGUAUAUUUAUUAUAUUAUAUUGUAAAUAUGGUUAGGAUGUUAGAACACUUGAGUGCAUAAUAUGAUUAGGAAAUAUAUCAAUGUACUUUCAUUAACAAGUUUUAAUCCAGUAGCCAGCGAUCGUUUGUGUUUAGUUAUUUUACAUAACCUAAAAUUUAUUUCUAUGGAUACCUGUAUCUAAAUUUUAGUUCAACAACAGUAAUUUUGAUGACUGAUAACAAAAGCUGAUUUUAUCUAGAUAUGCCGAUACUUACCAAAAAAAUCAUAAUCAGCUGAUUGCAGUUUCAAAGAUUACGCUUCAGCUUUCUGAUAAAAUUUAUAAAAUAAUAUACUAAGUACUGGUGAUGUUGACGUGAGAUGAUCACAACGCACAUAUUACUAGGUAUCUCUAUAAAUUUAUCUAAACAGCCAAAUGUUUAAUGAACACAAUGUACAUAUUAGUAACGCUCUAAGUUUGACUAGACAAAUCUUGACGUUGAAAGCUGAGACACAAUCUCACAAUACGCAGAGUGAGCUGAUUAUGACUUUUGACUACAUUUAUUUCUACUUCAGCAUUAUGAACAUGUCGAUAGAAUAUUGGUUUCUGUUGUAAUAAUUUGUUUCUCUAUGUGGUUAAUUACUUUCUCUAUCUGGUUAACUGCUCUAGUUUCAGACUUCUUAGAUUUCAUGCAGCGAAUGUUUCAGCUUAUACUUUUAGAUUUUGAUCAUCUAAAUCGUUCGCUGGCUCCCGAGUUAUUUUGUGAAGUUAAAAAUGCGUAUGUAGAAACUAAUAAAUUUUAAUUCCUGAAAACUGCAGGUAUUAUUUACAAAUUAUGCAUUUUAAAAAUACAUCAGAAUUUAUUUAUUUUAUGAAAUAGGUCAUAAAAUGUUAAAAACAUGGGAAAAAUCUCAUUUAUGGCUUUGAAUCUUACUACAGCCGUACUAUAAGAAAAAAUCCUGAAGUUUUUUAGCCAUAAAUGUGAUUCAUCUAGAAUAUAGUAUGAACAUUUUAAACGUGAUUUACGAUUCAUUUUAUUAGCUGCUGCAAUAUUCUUUUAAACUCUCAUUUUUACUAUAUAAUAGAAGAACCUAGUGUCUUUUCUACAUGAGUAAUGAGUCCAGUUUUUUACAUUAAACAUAUAUGUAUUAAUGAUUUUAAUUUUUUAGAUAAACUUCCAAAAAAUUAUAGUCACAUUAGUCAAAUGACACAUUAUUAAGUUUUUAUUGAGUUUUAUAUGACUCAAGCUUGCCUACUUGAGGUAAUACCAGGAAAAGAUAAAUAUAAAUGGGAAUUUGAUUGAUAGGAUCCGAACAGGAAUGCAUGCUUAA